AUGGAAGAGCAGGAAUUCAACUUUGUGCUUUCCUUUGGAGCCAACACCAGCAAGUGCAGCCUUGAGACCAACCAAACGGAGGCCCCAACAUGCUGGGCAGGAGCAACCAGGGGAGGCCCGGAGGUGGUGAUUGUACCAGUGCUUUUUGGGUUGAUUUUUCUCCUGGGAAUGGUGGGAAACACGUUAGUGUUGGUUGUUUUGGGGCGUCUCCGGCCUGGGGGCCGCCCAUCGCGCAGUGCCACCAACAUCUUCAUCCUUAAUUUAAGCAUUGCAGACUUCUCCUUCCUGCUCUUCUGCGUUCCCUUCCAGGCCACCAUCUACUCCCUGCCAGAGUGGAUCUUCGGUGCCUUCUUUUGCAAGUGGGUUCACUACUCGGCCAUGGCAACCAUGCUGGUCAGCAUCUUCACUCUGGUGGCCAUGUCUGUGGACAGGUACAUUGCUGUGGUCCAUGCCAAACGCUCGCCCUGCAUCCGCAGCAAGCGCAACGCUGCCCUCGGCGUGGCUGUCAUCUGGCUGCUGUCCCUCCUCAUUGCCAUCCCCGUGGCCCAGCACCAGGCCCUCAUGAGUGGCCAUCAGCAGGCACCCAACAGCUCUUUCUGCUGGGAGCACUGGGCAAACGGCUCCACAGCCAAGCAGAUGUACAAGAUUACCAUCCUGCUGGUGGGAUACCUCCUGCCCCUGCUGCUCAUCACCUGCUGCUAUGCCAAGGUUUUAUACCAUCUCCAUACGAAAGUAAAGAACAUUUCCAAGAAGUCAGAGAGAUCAAAGAAGAAGACGGCGCAGACAGUGCUUCUCGUGGUGGCUGUGUUCCUGCUCUCCUGGCUGCCACACCACAUCAUCACCAUGUGGGCAGAGUUUGGGCACUUUCCCCUGAACAACAUCUCCUUCACCUUCCGCAUCAUCUCUCACUGCCUGGCCUACGGGAACUCCUGCAUCAACCCUAUCCUUUACGCUUUCCUCUCGGAGAAUUUCCGCAAGGCCUGCCGCCAAGUCUUCACCUGCAAGCUCCUCCUGCAGCCGGCGGCCGCUGAGAAACUGGCCAGAGUGCGCAUGGAGAACUUCUCCACCACACACUCCACCACAAACCUGUGAGCUGGGCUCACAAAUACGUUUCAGGAGGAAGAGGAGGGAAGAAGGCUCUGUCUUGGAAGAACAUGCAUGCAGAUGCAUUCCAGGGAGCAGUGGAGUCUGCAAAAGUGUGCACUUUGCCAGGUUACUGGAGUGGUAGGAGACAUAUUUCCAUCUCGCUGUGAUGACAUGUGACAGAGCCUGUCCUAGAUAUCUUGCUAGACACUGGGCUAUGUGCAACAGAAUUACCUGAAUGCCCAUAAGACAGAGCCCAAAUGAAGUUGUAGUUAUGACCAUAAGGAUCUCAAGUAAGAUUUACACAGAAGGUAGAAUAUGUACAGACAAGAAGACAGCAGUUAAUUACAUCUGUAGACAGUCAUUGAGAUGUGAACAAGGAGCGAUGCGACAUUCAGAGAGCAGUUUGGGAGAAGCCAAACUAAAGUCUUUGGAUGUCUUUGUUUCUUCAACCAAUUUGACCAUGUCUGAGCUGCAUACACAUUUAGCUCACUACAGGGGUAGGGUCUCUAAAUCCCCUGGAAGGCUUUGCUGUAGCAUUUACCUAUUGGGCAAUUACACCUUUCACAUGAUGAGUCAGUGGUGUGGCUGUCUGUAUUUGGUGGCUCUGUAUCAGCUUUUACAUCCCAGAGGGGGUGUCUGUGUGCUCCUGUGUGUAAUCACUGCUGUUAAUCACUGGCUCCAGCAACUGUCUCUUGGUGAGCAGCAAUACAAAAGUGGUAUUUCUCAAUAUAUGCUUUAAAAACUGUGGCUUUGUUUGAAAGUACUGUCUACAAAACAUUUUGUUGGUAAAUAGUGUUCUCUUGAGUCUAUCUACCCAAGGCUUUUUAUGAGCCACUUUAGUAUAUAAAUGCCUGAAAUUUGUGGUGAGGGUUUGUUUGGGUUGGUUGUUUGGGUUUUUUUGACAAACUUUUGUGAUCAACAGUGCCCUAGCAACAAAAGGCAUUGUACCAAGUCCAAGAUUAUUACUUGUAACUAUAUGAAGUGCAUAUUACUUCAAAAAGUAGGAAGCAAAUUGCUGAAAGAAUGUCAUUAUUUCACUGUGUUGUCUAAUUCAGUAUUUCUGUGUGCUGCAAUCCAGACUACACUUUUCAUAGACUGUAAAAAUGUGAGUUACAGAAGUUAAACUACAAAUUAUUUGCUGUCCCUGCAGUGAAUGGGUUUCCAGUCUCCAAAUGGAUCACUCUUUCACUAUAUUUCUAAAACUUUGGAGCUAUUGUAUUAAAUAAUUUUACUGCAGUUUGUAACUUCCUUUAAGAGCUCCCUAACUGUGCAAUAUGAACAGAGCACAUGUACAACAGGAUAGUCACUGCCUGAUCCUUGGGUAUUAUCUGCACAAGUUUUCUCUUUGAUAACUUUUACUCUGGAGAGUAGCUCCAGUGAAUUAUUUCCUUAGGAACUAGAUUUAGAUCCAGUGCUGUGAUCUUCUCAUUUACCAUAAUGUAGAAAUCUACUAUUUCUACAUUCACAGUGACUGCAUAGCCUAAAGUGGAGAGCAUGGGAAAAACAGCCACCAAGAAAAUGGGUUGUGGCAAAUAACUGCAACAGAAUUCAGAGCUAAAAUGUUUAUCUGUGUGACUAUUUACCAUGG